AUUAUUCCAUAAGCAUGCUGGGCUCUGUAGUUCCAUUGCAGACGAGAUCAGAUCUCGCGUAUAAUCCGUUGGGGGGGGGGAGACAUGGCGGCUGGUUUCCAUGGUGACAGAACCGGCGUUGUCUCCAUAGCAGCAGCGGGCUCUACGUUUUGCUCCUGUCCCGGUCUCCGCUGCCCCCCCCCCCGGGGAUAAUCACGUGUGACCCCCGCACAUCCGCCGCCCCCAGCUGUGUCCUCCUCUCCCGUACAGCUCUACAACCGUACAGCCCGUGCAGGCCGCCAUCUUGGUGUACGGAGCGACCGUUCCUGCAGUUUCCGCUUCCGGGUCGCUGGGCGCCGCCUAAACAAAAUCCCAGGCAACUGGAUUGACAAGCGCAACAGGGCAGCGCUGGGGGUCUUUGUGACGUCAUUGGCAGCCCCGUGACGUCACAGCGGGUGCCCUGACCCGGCAUGGCGUAAGAAGAAGGCUCAGUUGUCUCGGUACGAUGCGCGGCUGAGCUGUCCCGCCAUGGAGGUGACAGAAGGACCCCCUUGUGAGGAGAGGCUUCCAACACCUGGCGCUGAGGGGGGCAUCAUCCAUGAGGAGCUGGGAGGACACGGAGAGAACGACAGUGUCAUCAAGAAACCAACUGAGACCCCCGGCGAGGCCAAGAAGGAUGAGGGGGAGGCGGAAGAGGAGCUGGACCCCAGAAUACAGGAAGAAUUAGAGCGUCUGAACCAGGCGAGCGAGGAGAUUAACCAGCUGGAGCUGCAGUUGGAUGAUGCCCGCACUGCCUACCGCCGGAUACUGACAGAGUCCGCCAGACGCCUAAACUCUUUGGCCACUCAACUCGGAGCCUGUAUCGAAAAAGCCAGGCCGUACUAUGAAGCGCGGAGACUGGCCAAGGAGGCUCAGCAGGACACACACAGCGCAGCUCUGCGGUACGAGCGGGCGGUCAGCAUGCAUGCUGCAGCCCGGGAGAUGGUGUUUGUUGCAGAACAAGGAGUCACCGCUGACAAAAACAGGCUAGACCCGACGUGGCAAGAAAUGCUGAACCACGCAACCUGCAAAGUGAACGAAGCCGAGGAGGAGCGGCUGCGCAGUGAAUUCGAGCACCAGAGAGUCACCCGUCAGUGCCACCAAGCUGAAGCCAAAGUUCAGACCUUGCAGAAGAGCUUGAAGCGCGUCAUCAUCAAGAGUCGGCCAUACUUUGAACUGAAGUCGCAAUUCAACACGGUAUUAGAGGAACACAAGGCUCGGGUCACCUCCUUGGAAGUCAAGGUGUCGCAGGCAAAGCUGAAAUAUUCCGGUACGCUACGUAACCUGGAGCUGAUAAGCGAGGAGAUCCAUGCCCGACGCACGCACGGGCCGCUUUUAACACUUAGGGCCCCUCCUCUGGGAGCCGAAGCCCCCACCUCUAUGGUAGAUGGUGAAAUGGGCCCACCGUCAGACACUGUCUCCCUCCUCAGCCUGCAGACCAUUGCGUCCGACCUGCAGAAAAGCGACUCUGUGGAGCAUUUGAGGGGUCUGAGCGACGUGACCAGCUUGGAUGGCAGGGACUCGGACGCGGAGAACGCUUCUAGGUCUAGUGAAGUAUUUGUAGCAGGAACAGGAGGACGUUUCUUCAGUAUUGAGGACAUAGGCGAUAAAGGACCGUGCCAGCGCAGGAGGACGCGUCUCGCUGCUAUGAGAACUGUCUCUGUUUGAUGCAGCACUAUGUCACUCUCAAUAAACAUGUUGUGUGGUG